AUGCUGCACCCCAUCGUUCUUCUAGUUGUUCUUUCCACCGCAGUCCAUGCAGGACGCCCGCGACGUGCGCUCGAUGGACUAGACGGAAGCGGAUUUGGAUUCGAAAAGAGAGCUCUCAACUCUUUGGACGGUGCCGGUUUCGGUUUCGAGAAGCGUGCACUGAACUCUUUGGACGGCAAUGGAUUUGGAUUCGAGAAGCGUGCUCUUGAUGGUCUUGAUGGUACCGGAUUCGGUUUUGACAAACGUGCCCUGAACUCCUUGGACGGCAAUGGAUUCGGAUUCGAAAAGCGAGCUCUUGACGGGCUCGAUGGUACCGGGUUCGGGUUUGACAAGAGAGCCCUCAACUCCUUGGACGGAAACGGCUUUGGAUUUGAGAAAAGAGCCCUCAACUCUUUGGACGGAGCCGGAUUCGGAUUCGAGAAACGUGCUCUCGACGGGCUCGACGGAACUGGAUUCGGAUUCGACAAAAGAGCUCUCAACUCCCUUGAUGGCAACGGAUUCGGAUUCGAGAAGCGCGCCUUGGACGGACUUGAUGGUACCGGAUUCGGAUUUGACAAGCGGGCGUUGAAUUCUUUGGACGGAAAUGGUUUCGGAUUCGACAAGAGAAACUUCAAGCACUCAUCCAACAAACUCCGCUCGGUGUUCCGGAACUUGAGAGGGCUCAAGCAACAUUAG